UCACCACCAUCAUCAUCACCACCACCAUCACCACCAUUAUCACCAUCUUCACCACCACCACCACCACCACCACCACCACCAUCAUCACCAUCACCACCAUCACCACCACCAUCACCAUCAUCAUCAUCACCACCAUCACCAUCAUCAUCAUCACCACCAUCACCAUCAUCAUCAUCAUCAUCAUCACCACCAUCACCACCAUCAUCAUCACCACCAUCACCACCAUCAUCAUCACCACCAUCACCAUCACCACCAUCACCACCAUCAUCAUCACCACCAUCAUCACCAUCACCACCAUCAUCAUCAUCACCACCAUCACCACCAUCAUCAUCACCACCAUCACCACCAUCAUCAUCACCAUCAUCACCAUCACCACCAUCAUCAUCACCAUCAUCACCAUCAUCAUCACCGUCAUCACCAUCACCACCAUCACCAUCAUCAUCAUCACCACCUCCACCACCAUCACCACCAUUAUCACCAUCUUCACCAUCAUCACCAUCAUCAUCAUCACCACCAUCACCACCAUCAUCAUCACCACCACCAUCACCACCAUUAUCACCAUCUUCACCACCACCACCACCACCACCACCACCAUCAUCACCAUCACCACCAUCACCACCACCAUCACCAUCAUCAUCAUCACCACCAUCACCAUCAUCAUCAUCACCACCAUCACCAUCAUCAUCAUCACCACCAUCACCACCACCAUCACCAUCAUCACCAUCACCACCAUCACCAUCAUCAUCAUCACCACCAUCACCACCAUCAUCAUCACCACCACCAUCACCACCAUUAUCACCAUCUUCACCACCACCACCACCACCACCACCACCACCAUCAUCACCAUCACCACCAUCACCACCACCAUCACCAUCAUCAUCAUCACCACCAUCACCAUCAUCAUCAUCACCACCAUCACCAUCAUCAUCAUCACCACCAUCACCACCACCAUCACCAUCAUCACCAUCACCACCAUCACCAUCAUCAUCAUCACCACCAUCACCACCAUCAUCAUCACCACCACCAUCACCACCAUUAUCACCAUCUUCACCACCACCACCACCACCACCACCACCACCAUCAUCACCAUCACCACCAUCACCACCACCAUCACCAUCAUCAUCAUCACCACCAUCACCAUCAUCAUCAUCACCACCAUCACCAUCAUCAUCAUCAUCAUCAUCACCACCAUCAUCACCACCAUCACCACCAUCAUCAUCACCACCAUCAUCACCACCAUCACCAUCAUCACCAUCACCACCAUCAGCACCAUCAACA